CAGCUGACGGCCCUGCACGUGGCGUCGCGGCAGGGCCUGGCGGCACACGUGGAGCUGUACCUGCGCCACGGCGCCGACCCCUCCCGCCGCUCCCGCCAGGGCGAGACCCCCCUCAACGCCGCCUGCGCCGCCGCCGAGCGCCCCGAGGAGGCCCAACGUUACUACCGGGUGGCCCAACUCCUCUUGGCCGCCGGGGCCGAGGCAGGGGCCGCCGGCCGUAAGGACCACACGCCCCUCCACAACGCCUGCGGCAACGGGCAGGCCCGGCUGGCGCGGCUGCUGCUGCGGCACGGGGCCGACGCCACCCUCCCCAACUGCGCCGGGUACACCCCCAUGGACUGCGCCCUCCACGCCGUCGAGGAGUACUGCCACCAGCACCCCGAGGAAACCAUCGCCCUCCUCCUCCAUCACGGCGCCCGCCCUGUCCACCCCAAGAUGCUCAAGUUCUGCUGCCGCCACCCACCAGCGCUGGAGAUGGUGCUCAACGCCUACGACCGCGUCCCCCCCGCCGAGAGCUGGGUGGGAUCCGUGCCCCCGGAGCUGUGGGAGGAGCACCGGGAGUUCUACGCCUCGGCGCAGCGCAUGGCGGGCUCCCCCCGCCGCCUGCAGCACCUGGCACGCUGCGCCCUCCGCCGCCACCUCGGCCCCCGCUGUCACCUCGCCGUCCCCAAGCUGCCCCUGCCACCCCCCCUGCGCCACUACCUCCAGCUGCCCCUCACCGGGCUCAUCUCCUGA